AUGGAUCAGCAAAACUAUUCAGUGGUGUCUGAGUUUGUGCUGAGUGGACUCUCCAGUUCCCUCCAACUCCAGUCUUUCUUCUUUGUAUUUUUUUCUCUGAUCUACAUAGCCACUGUGCUGGGCAACCUCCUCAUUGUGGUCACGGUGAUCUCUGAGCCCCAGCUUCAUUCCUCUCCCAUGUACUUCCUGCUGGGCAACCUCUCUUUCCUGGAUAUGUGGCUGGCCUCAUUUGCUACCCCCAAGUUGAUCAGGGAUUUCCUCAGUGAGAAGAAACUCAUUUCUUUUGGGGGAUGCAUGGCCCAGAUUUUCUUCCUGCAUUUCAUUGGUGGUGCUGAGAUGGUGCUGCUGGUCUCCAUGGCCUAUGACAGAUAUGCAGCCAUAUGCAAACCUUUGCAUUAUAUGACCAUCAUGAGCCGGAGGACAUGCAUUGGACUAGUAACCAUUUCAUGGGUUAUUGGUUUUAUUCACUCUAUCAGCCAAGUAGCCUUUACUGUGAAUUUGCCUUAUUGUGGGCCAAAUACUGUGGACAACUUCUUUUGUGACCUUCCUCUUGUGAUCAAGCUUGCUUGCACGGACACCUAUGUCCUGGGGAUAUUGAUGAUUGCUGACAGUGGGUUGCUAUCUAUGAGCUGCUUCCUACUUCUCAUGAUCUCUUACACAAUCAUCCUUGUUACUGUAUGGCAGCAUUCAAGGGGGAGUGCAUCCAAGGCUCUUUCCACUUGUUCUGCCCAUAUCACGGUGGUAACACUCUUCUUUGGUCCCUGCAUCUUCAUUUAUGUGUGGCCCUUCAGUAGGUUCUCUGUGGAUAAGGUCCUGUCUGUGUUUUAUACUAUUUUUACUCCUCUCUUAAACCCUACAAUCUAUACUUUGAGAAAUGAGGAUGUGAAGACAGCCAUGAAAAAACUAAGGGCCCGGCAUAUAACUUUUCAUUGA